AUGCUAUAUUUGUAGGUUCAAAUUGCUUGUGAAAAGGUAAUAAUCCUCCACUAGAUUUUUUUCUUUUUUCUUUUUGGCUUCCUUUUAGUAUAAAAAUACUAAAUAAAUGGGGAAAAAAACAUAUGGAGAGGUCUAAAUGUGCAUUGAAUUACAGGUGAAGGGAAUGAAGCAACUUCAAAAAGGUUAUAAUUUUGUUGGUCUUUCAAUGACUAAUCUUUAUGUAGAGGAUUUGUUUGGAUUACAAACAUUGGAUAAAGCUGGAAAAGUGAAGUUCAUAAAGGUACCAGGACUUCACCUAGUAAUGACUAUUCAAGAAUUACAACAAUAUGUUGUCCCAUAUUUGAUUGAUGGAGUUGCAUCAGCACCAGCACCAGCACCAAUGAGUAAAGCUGCUUAAUUCUCAGGAUGUCCAUUUUGAUUAUAAAAAAAAAUCUUGCUGAGGAGUGAUCUAAUUUGUUAGAUAUGAAGAUCAGUAGAGUGAUUAUUUAAUGUACUUGCAAGUCGGGAUUUAGUUAAUAACAAAUUGAUUGUUUCCUUUAAUUUGGUAUUGAAAUAUCAUGGUGAG